GUAGGAACGCCGAGGCUGGAGGGGAAGCGACUGCUGGGACCAAACAAGCCCUGAGCCCAGAGGGAUGGAUCUCUAAUGGUGGAGCUUCAGGUGUCAGUGACAGGCUGAUGCCCACACUCCCAGGCCAUGCUUGUACCUGAUGAAUGAUGGCCUGAACAAUGAGCAAACGGGACCAUAUGGACACUGCGGUGCAGGAGCCCCCUCUUGACUACUCCUUCAGAAGCAUCCACGUCAUCCAAGAUAUGGUAAAUGAGGAACCAAGGACAGGACUGCGACCACUGAAGCACUCCAAGUCGGGCAAGUCUGUGACCCAGUCCCUGUGGCUGAACAACAAUGUCCUCAAUGACCUGAAAGACUUCAACCAGGUGGUUUCAAAGCUGCUGGUGCACCCAGAGAACCUGGCCUGGAUCGACCUGUCUUUCAAUGACCUGACUUCCAUUGACCCUGUCCUCACAACUUUUUUCAACCUGAGCGUCCUCUAUCUUCAUGGCAACAGCAUCCAGCACCUCGGGGAGGUGAGUAAGCUAGCUGUCCUUCCUCGACUCCGGAGCCUGACUCUCCAUGGGAACCCCAUAGAAGAAGAGAAGGGGUACAGGCAGUAUGUGCUGUGUACACUGCCUCGGAUCACCACGUUUGACUUCAGCGGGGUGACCAAAGCAGACCGCACCACGGCUGAAGUCUGGAAGCGCAUGAACAUCAAGCCCAGGAAGCCGCGGCUCAAGCGCACUGGGCUGUGAGCCUCCCAGGAUCCCUGCCCUCCUCAUGGCCUGGGACCGUCAGCUUGGCUGGACAAUAAAUGCUUUGGGCUGUUGAGCA